UUAUUUUUCUCAAUGGAUCACACCGUUAUUUGAAUACUAAUGUUUUUGGGCAUCCCAUAAUUAUAGCACCUGCUAAAUUCGGCAUCCAUUUUCCCAGAAUGGGGAGUAUUUCUUAAAUCGGAGGUGUAGCAGCAAUGAUUACAUCUUUAACCUGAGGAGUUGUUCUCUCCUUCUUAUUGAUAGCACAUUGGUCUCGGCCCAGUUCACUCUUUCUGCUGCGUUCCGAGGAAAGAAGUCGAAUUUUGUUGUAUGUAUAUAUGUACUUUAUAUUUUGGUUGUAAAUAUUGCUUCGUACUAAGGUACCACCAUGGAAACAGACGCGGCCAAGCUCCGCUCUCACUUCCUUCAUGUCCUUCGUAGACGUCGUCCUUCUCAAGUUCCACUAUCUGUGGUACCUGGAGAACCUGUGAAGGAUCCUUUCUUUCAGGAAACUCCAAAGCCAAACUUCAGUGAGGCAAUGGCAUCAUGCCCAACGGCGAUGUGCCCAAUUUUAAGGAACUGCUUCAAGAGGAAAUUUUUUACUUGACCACCGAGGAAGGGCUCUUGCCUGUAUUGGUAUUGAGCAUGAAAGAAAGCGAAAAGAAGAGGAGACCUACUAUUGUUUUUCUGCAUGGUACAAACAAAUGCAAAGAGUGGUUGAGGCCAUUGCUUGAGGGAUAUGCUUCAAGGGGAUAUAUGGCCGUUGCAAUUGAUUCUCGAUACCAUGGAGAACGUGCAACCAGCAUGACAACCUAUCGAGAUGCCCUAGUGUCAUCAUGGAAAAAUCGCGAUACGAAGCCGUUCAUAUUUGAUAUGAUUAUCUUACUGAGAGGGAAGAUGUUGACCCAUCAAAGAUAGGAAUCACUGGCGAAUCUCUUGGUGGUUUAACCAGU